AGUCCUAGUUCUAUCCUUCCCUUUUCCAGCCAUAGUUCGUUGCAAAUCAAAAUGACAAGCUUAGGGAAGUUGGGCCAAUGGCCCUUACUAACAGCUGCUUUGGCAAUUUGCUUAGUAGCCAGCACUGUUGUUGCUGAUUACUCUUAUGGCUAUACUUCACCUUCUUACAACUCUAAGAAGUACUACAAAUCACCGUCUCCAUCCAAGUAUGAUGUACCCACUCCUUACUACAAGAAACCUGAGGAACCUGUUGCACAUUCUCUAUCACACUACUACAAAUCUCCAGCACCUUCGAAGCACGACUAUUACAAGUCGCCAUCACCAAUAAAAUAUUACAAAUCGCACUUGCCAACAAAAUAUUACAAGUCGCAUGCUCCUUCAAAGCAUUACUAUAAGUCACCUGUUGUAGUAAAAUAUUACAAGUCACAUGCUCCUCCAAAGCAUUACUACAAGUCACAUGUUCCUUCAAAGAACUACUACAAGUCACCAACUCCUUCAAAACAUUAUUACAAGGCACCUGUUGCAACCAAGUAUUACAAGUCACCUGCUCCCUCAAAGUAUUAUUACAAGAAACCUGUUCCUUCAAAGUAUUACUAUAAGUCACCAGCUCCCUCAAAGUAUUACUAUAAAUCACCAACUCCUUCAAAAUACUACUACAAGGCGCCCGUUGCAACCAAGUAUUACAAGUCACCUGCUCCCUCAAGGUAUUAUUACAAAUCACCUGCUCCCACAAAGCAUUAUUACAAGUCCCCAACUCCUUCAAAGUACUAUUAUAAGUCUCCGUCGCCAGCAAAGUACUACAAGUCGCCUACACCCUACAAUUCACCACCUCCACCAAAAACCUAUGAACAAUCACCAUCAUACUACUCACCUCCACCACCAACGUACUACAAGCAAACACCCACCUAUGCUUCACCUCCACCACCUAUGUAGUACGAGCAAAUACCUACAUAUUCUUCACCUCCACCACCUGUGAAGUACGAGCAAACACCCACAUAUGCUUCACCUCCACCACCAACGUACUAUAAGCAAACACCCACCUAUGCUCCACCUCCACCGCCGUCAACAUCUCCCCCACCAACCUACUACUAAUAUUCAACCCUUCUCUUCAAUCAUUUUCCACUUCUCCAUGACUUAUAACUCCUCUUCAUCCUCCUUCUGAGUAUUUCCAUUUUCAUUCCGCCACAAUUUUAUGUAUGUUCCCCAAAAUGGUCGGCUUUGUUUGUUGUGUGUUCUUUUAUUUUAAUAAUUUGUAAUAUUUAUUAUUUGAGUUUUAAGUAAGAUCCUUGAGAUCUCCAUCAAUUUGGCUUUAUUAUAUCAAGAUCUCUUUUUUGAUGUAAU